UCCUCACAGUUCCACGGCGGUGCUGCUGCUUCUGCUGCUGCUGCUGCUGCCUGCGUGCUCUCCGUGCGGCGCGCCGCGGCCAUGGUGGACUCUCCGGGUGCGAUGAAAAAGACCUUCUCGGUGCCGGAGAUCAAACCGCUGGACCAAUACGACUUCAACCGGGCCAAGAUCUGCGCUAGCGUGCGGUGGCUGCUGUCCAAAUCGUACGGCUCUGCAGAAAAUGUUCCUGUGGAGUUGCGGGAGCCGCUUUAUACGGACCAGUAUGGACAAGAGCACCUCAAGCCGUCAAUUUCCAAGCUGCUACUCUCCCCGGAGAUCUACUGCAGGGCCCAGGCCCUGCUAGCCCAGGCUCAUGCCACCUCUCCUCCUGCCACGCAGGGGUCCCCUGCAGACAACUCGGCCCUGCUGCAGUUUCUUAUCAAGAAAGGUGUCCCUGCAAUGGUCCAGGAUACAGACAUCACAGAGGAGGACCUCAGCCAUGUACCCAUCAAGACGAAAUCCCACCUGGCUCUGAUUGAAUCUCUGAUCACUCUGGCGGCUAAAGAAGCGGUGGGUCAGGUGAAGAUGGCGCCGGAGGCGGAGCAGAUGGGUGUCGGGGCUCCGUGGGAGAAUGCUCUGCUCUUCUGGGUCAACAGGCUGAACCAGAAGUUAAGAGAAAGCACAGAAGAAGAAGAGCCACCCAGAUCACAGACGUGUACAGACCUGCAGCCUGCUCAGGACCCGUGUCAGUCCACCCGCUGGUACUGGAAACUAGUCCCUCAUGCUAUCGCUUUUUGUUUGAAGGAGUCGGGGAAUAAGCCACCUGUGAUUCGCUAUAGGAAGGACAAAGUGCUGUCCAAGCUCACUCCUACUUUCCCUCUGGUUUCUGCGGUCAAAGAUCUGUCUAAUGGCUGCGCUAUAGCUGCUGUGCUGCAUUUCUACUGCCCCAGCCUGCUGCCUCUAGAGGAUGUGUGUCUGAAGGACACCAUGUCAGUGGCUGACAGUCUCUACAACCUGCAGCUGAUUAAAGAGUUUUGCGAGAGCAGUUUGCAGAGCUGCUGCCCCCUGGCUGUGGAGGACCUGCUCUAUGCGCCCCCUGUUUUGCAUCUGAACAUCAUGAGCUUCAUAGCUGAGCUGCUGGAGUGGUUUGAGAUUAAGAAGCCGGAUUUUGUCAAGCCCAUAGAGCCCAUCGACCUCACAGAUAUUUCAGGUUUACUAGACUGCACAAGUCCUGUGAACGGAAACAGCAACAGUGGUUCACCUUCGUUCAUCUUUAAACAACCCUUUGUGGCAAUCUCGUCCCCAGUGUCACCAGAAAACAAAUGUUGGACAAAGAAACAAAUCGGUCGUCCCCUGUCAGCAGUGACUUUCAGCAUCCCAUUUGGACUGGACAGUGAUGUUGACAUUGUGAUGGGAAACCCAAUAGAUUCUGUCUUUCGCUCUGUCAGCACUGACAGCCUCACCACCGGCAUCCCUGCGAUGACUUCGCCCCCAGAAGACUUCAGCCACCUGGUCAGCGCUUCAGUACCAUCGCAGCGUUCCUCCUGGGGUCCUUAUGCACACACAGCACCACUUGGAGAACUGCCAACCAUCGAGGAAGCACUCCAGGUGGUUCAUAGUCCUGGCAAUAAAGAUCGGAGAAAGGAAAAGACAGCAGAGAAAGUUGGAAGAGGAUUGCUUGGAGGAAGGCCAGAACCUAGGUUACGCCCUGAAGGAGCCCCUGCUGGUUUUUUCCUACAUUCCCCUGAGGAGGAUAAUCCACAGCUCAGCAGCUCUGCUCCAUGUCGCUCUGGGGUCCUCUAUCGACCUGUUGGAGGAGAAGUGGUUGAUUCUAAAAGACAAGGAAGGGGGGAGAGGAGAGAGAGAAAAGGGCGCACCUCUGAUAUGUCACGUGAUGACGACUCUGUACUACGAGAUGGAAGUGUUGACUCCUCUGAAGCAUCAGAUGAUGCCCCUAGAAAUGCCCCAGGUAAUAUUCGACCCAGUACAAGUCGCCAGGGAAACCACAGUACCAGCAACAGUCCAAGGAUGACGAACUUUGCUGAACGACGAGACAGUAGACGGCGACAUCCAGCUGCUCCCGGGGAGGAUUCAGCCUCUGCUACAACCCCAACAACUCCAGGCACUCCACAUACACCUUCCACUCCAGCAGGGGCACCUAGCCGCCAGGACAGCCCAGGUCCAAGAGGCCCCGAACCCGGCUCAGAGGCCUGGGAGUUGGGGGCUCGUCUGGAGGAAAAACGAAAAAGCAUUGAAGCCCAAAAAAGACGUAUCGAAGCCAUCUUUGCCAAGCACAGACAAAGGCUUGGAAAAACUGCUUUCCUUCAACUGAAAAAAGAGCAGGGAGAGGGGGGAGGCCAGGGAACAGAGGAGGAUAAUCUCACCCUGGAGGAGCGUCUCAAUCAGAUGGAGGAGCAACUGAAGCAAGAGGAGGAGAAAGAAGAGAAGGACAAGAAGGACAAAGAAAAGGAUGGAGAGAAAGAGAAGGAGAAGCCAUCUGUGUCCAAUCCUCCUCGUUUGGAGAAGCAGGUCACAUUCUCUAUUGAUAGUAAGAAAGGUGCAGAAAAAGGAGCAGAGAAGGAGAAAGGAGGUGAAACUGUCAUAGUUGAGUACAAUGAAGUGGUUCAGAAAUUGAGUGAAGCUCUGCAGUCACUACAGAAGGACAUGCAGAAACUUACAGAACAGCAACAGCAGAUCAUGAGCAACCAAAGACCUAGAAAUACAUCAAAAACCACUCCAAAAUCGACUUCGAGAAGUAACACCAAACCCCUAGUCAAAACUCCUCCUCAUACCCCAACAAAGACACCACCAAGAACCCCUACUAAGACUCCUACAAGGAGUUCCACUAAAGCUUGGGUGAUUCCUGCUGCUCCCAGUCCCCCUUCUGGUUCGUCCCCAUCACGGCGAUCUCAUGUUCUUUCUUCCCCAAAAAACCCCAUCAUCUCUUCCUCCUGCCCUGCUCCUCGCACUAAAAUCCAUUCGUCAACCACUCCACGCAGUCCCAAGCAUCAUCCACGCCCCCAACAUCAGCCUCAUCCCCGUCCUUCUGAACUCAAGUUCCCCCCACUCAACCGUGUCCUGACACCAACCCAUAAUGUGGACACCAUCCCCCACUUGAGGCGUGUGUCCCCAAGCAAGUGUCAGGUUCAGACCUCCUCUUCCUUCCGAAUUGGUGGACAACGGACUCCUCAAGAAUCUCCUCAGCCUACCCAGCAGCCGCAGCCUGAUGAUAGCACCUCAGACACAGCUUCAAGUGAGACCCCAACUCAGUUUAGCCUGGAGCUGGAGCAAGAGGAUAUGGAGGUUGUAGGAGGGCUCCCGGUCUUUCAACAGCCAAGACAAGAUCGUCUGAGAGCUGCAUGUGGAAGCAGCUCCGAAGCACUUUCUGAGUGCUCAUUUGAGAGCGAUACUUUGUCCCUCUCUGCUGUGUACAGCGCAGGAGGUGAUGGUGUGAGGGGUGGAGAUGCAGACAAGCGCUGCAGCAUGAUUGAGGUAUCGUUGUCAUCUCUUGGAGGGCAAGAGGGAGGCAGCGAUGAACCAACUGACGAAGGGCAUGAGUUUUCUUCUGAUUCCAUGAGCGACCACACUGAAUCUGCUGUGGAACCUUCUGGAGGACUGGCCGCUGAACCCUCAGACCCCAUAGAGCAACUGGAUCUGGCAACAGGAACCACCAGUUUUCCAGAACAACAAACAGAGGGUUCAGAGGGUUCAGAGGGUGAACAGAUAAGACAGCCUGAAACUUUGGAACCAAGUGUAGAACAGAAUGAGCUUGGGCCAAAAGGAGGAAUUCAAUUUUUCUUUAAGGAGGAAGUACUAAGUGAGGAGGAGAUGGCCCAGCGUAGAGCACUUCUGUUGGAAAAGCAGCAGAAGAGAACUGAAGAACUGAGGAGGAGGAGACAGUGGCAUGAACAAGAGAGACCAUUAUCCCCGGACAAAAGAAUGGCAUCUCCCUCCAAUACCCCUCCUGCAGUCACAACCUCACCUUCACCUACACCUCCUGCCACACCAGUCCGUUGGGGUCAAUUUACACGAGGGGAGUACGCUCGGCGGCAUCAACUCAGAAUCAUGGAGGACUUGGGCAAAGUGCUUCAGCAAAAAUCUACCCCUCAAGGACGAUCCUCUGCAAAGAAAACCCGUUCAAGGCCUCGCAGCAUGACUAGAGAGGAGACCAAGUUGUCACUUAGUCCUGCCAAAGGAACAUCUGGCUCUAAGUUGACCAAAGUCUACUCUCAUUCCUCCCUCAACCUGGCAGCCACAGAUGAGCCAGGAAACAGAUCUGCUGACCCCACUAAGAAACCCCAAAGCCGUCCUGAUUCACCUUCAGGGUGUGUGAUACCAAGCAGACUGGCAAAUCAGAAUGGGGAUAAAGACUGGGAGACUGGUUCCAAUGGAACAUCUCCUGCCAAAGAAUACACAGGUCCAAAGCUCUUCAAAGAACCGAGUUUCAAGUCCAACAAAUUCAUCAUUCACAACGCUCUCUCUCGAUGCUGCCUCGCUGGAAAGGUCAACGAAACACAAAAGACCAAGAUAGUUGAGGAGAUGGAGAAGAGUCCUGCCAACCACUUCCUCAUCCUCUUCCGUGAUUCCAACUGCCAGUUCAGAGGCGUUUACACCAUGAACUCUGACUCCCAGGAGCUUGUACGAUUGGCUGGCAUGGGCCCAAGGACAAUAGGCUCCACCCAUGUGGAGUCCAUCUACAAAUACAGCUCAGAUAGGAAGCAGUUCAGUGCCAUCCCCUCCAAAACCAUGGGCAUGAGUGUGGACGCCUUCACCAUCCCUAAUCAUCUUUGGCAAGGAGGGGGAGGAGGGGGAGGAGGAGGGAGCAGGAGAGCAAGCAUUACCAAGAAGGCGGUCAUUACCAAGUGAGGAACAUAAAACAUGACAGUGACAGACCAUUUCAGAAAACGCUUUAUAAAUUCAUCAUAGUGACAACUGUUGUCAAAUAUGAAAUACAGAAGGAGGGGGAGGAACAGUAAAUAAGUAUAACUAAGAAAGUGAACAACAAAACACACAUAAGUAACAGAUCAUUAAGGAAAACAAACAAUCAUUUUGGUAGAAACUGUAAAACUGUGUGAAAAAUGUGCACACAGACGAGCCUUUAGCCAUGUGUGUGCUUAAAUAAACUUCACCUCUCUUGCCCUGGGAUUCUACUACAAAUACAAAAUACUAAACAUUAUUUGUACUCCCGUUGAAUGUGCAUGAAAAGGCUAACAGCACAGCUUUUCUUUUGCCAAACAGAGACGCACUCAUAUCCAGAGUGAACAGAAGAAGGUUUUAUAAAAUAUAAGGAUAACUGCACAAGAAGGAGUUACUUUUAAAAAGUCUCAUUACUUUCAUUGUUUGAAGUACAAACUCAAAAAUUAUUAUUUUUUCUUUAAGAAGAAAAUUAGUUUUAUUAAGUCGUUUAUGGACAAACACUGACUUUCAGAAGACACAUGAUUACUGUUUGUUUCCUCUACAGUUCUGUGGACUGAAGGCCUCAAGUAUAACACCAGUUUUAUAAGUAACAACAGAAGAAAAGCCUUCUCAUGGCAGAGCUACAGGGAGGACUUUUAUCUUUUGCGACAUUCAAGUUGAAUCCUGCCUAAUGUCGUCCAAAGUACGUUUGUUUUGCUAAUCAAAAGAUAGCCAUAACCGUAAGAUAGAGAACAGGAUUGAUCAACAAAGAUCUGUAACUGUGGUUUUCAAAGGUGAUCACCACAGCAUGAAUGGUUAUUUACUGUAUAUGGUAUAAGCUAAUUUCAAAGGAAUAUCAUGGUGACAGUGAGGUUUAAUGAAACUAUGUUGAUAGUGGUUGUAUGUUUGUGAGCAUCGGAUGCCAAUGAAACAUCACUCAGCUGUUUGCAUAUUGAGGGUGAAGUGUGACAUGCAAAACUUCAGACAUUCAGAAGUACAGGAUUUGCUGCACUCUAGGAGUGGGGUUCCAUUUCGGAUCCAGAUCCAAGUUUGUAAACCAUCCCUAUAGAAUCCCUUAUCAAAUCUCUCAUUGAUGUUCUCACUUAGAUGGCCUUUUUUGUACUAAUUUCUGACACUACAGAAAACUUGUGACCGACACACACGUGCUAAUUGUACACAAAUAUUUCUAUGACAGAUUCGAUGAAAAUGGUCAAGCCCUUACAGUAUCUUCAAAUGUUGAUAUCUAACAGAAAAAGCUGCUAAAAACAUUUGCAGGAAGUACUGAGAAUAGAAGGGGCAAUCACAAGUUUGUUGCAAUGUGUAUCUACUUGUCAUCCUGUUUAAGCAAGAAUUCAUGGCAUUUCCACCACUCUAUUCUCAGACCUGAUGCAGGCUUCCUUCAGGUAACAUUAAAUGCAUCUUGCAUGUAGAGAAAUUUGCCAUUUACUUAGUAUUUGCAGAAUGAAAACAAAGAACCAUGAUUGUCCAGUGUAUUGGUUUUACUCACAUUUGAGCUUCUGUGGUUUCUGCAGCUGUAGCAGUAGAUCAGUGACACAUUUUGUGAUGACAGUCCUAAAAGCGCUUCAAGACUACUGGAACCUCAGUGGUUUACAUAUGAAAUUGAAUGAAAAUAUGUACAUAUUUUUUACUGAAAAGUUCCCAUCCAGACUACUAGGUUUCUUUAGGUUUAAAAGGUUCUCCAUUUAAUAAGCCGAUUCAGAACUGGUUUCAAAUUAUGCCAAAUGCUAUUGAACCCCAUCUCUAUCUGCAGUAGAGUGCACAGUUAAAAAGGUGUUUUUCAGACCAGCAUUCAUGUAUGAAAUAAACUGGAAUAAACUCCACAGAUCAAG